AUGAACCGUUUUCAAUGGUUUUUAAGUGUACUUUUGGUUACGGUCUUAUUUAUGGGUGUACGGGCCUAUAGUGACUGCCAUAGUGACAGCGAUAUUGGCAACGAUAGUGACAGCUAUAAUGACAGCGAUAGUGACAACGAUAGUGACAGCGAUAGUGACAGCUAUAGUGACAGCGAUAGCGACAGUGAUAAUGACAGUGGUCGCGGUAGUGACAGCAGCGAAAGUGGCAUUGGUCGCAAACCCCAAGGAAAGGCACCACCAGCACCGGUGCCUUACUAUAGUGACAGCGAUAGUCGCGGUAGUGACAGCAGCGAAAGUGGUAUGAGUCCCAAAUACCAGGGAAAGGCACCAACAGCAUCGGUGCCUUACAGCAGCGAAAGGGGUGUGGGUCGCAUAUACCAGGGAAAGGCAGCACCGGUGCCUUACCCCCCUGGAUAUCAUUACAAUCAUCCGGUUUAUGAACCACAAGCGGCUCCACCUCCACCCUAUGGCUACCCGUAUUAUCAACAACCACCAAUGCCCUAUUAUUAUGAUUAUCAACAGGCUCCACCACCACAACCCAUACCCUAUGAUAAUCCUUAUCCAUAUGGUACUUAUUAUAAUCAACCUCAAGGAUAUCCUGGUAUUCCCGUUGGCAGUAGCACUAUUAAUCAUUCGUUGAAGGUUAAAAAGGAAUAUACGGAAUAUGGUCACCACUAUCGUCCCCAUGGAUCAAUAAUUUAA